GUCGCCGCCCGCUGUUUUGUGCUUUGUUUUGUUUAAUUGAAAUAAUAAUUUUACCUAGACAGUUCAAGUGAUUUGUCUUUAAAGUAGUACGUAAAGUUUGCUUGGGAGUUAAGCUACCACGUAAUAGCUUUUGAGUCUCUACUAAACGUUUAGUUAUGAAAUUCAAGUUCUGUUCGGAUGGGGACUGUCCCUUGUGGGCACUGGCAGCUCUCCACGUACUGGGCAGCCUACCCGCACAAAUUUUCCGUAACCUUCUGCAGCACGUUGUAGAGGAACAGCCAGAUGAUGGCAUCAUGGAUAUUCUAAAAGAUACAAGUUUGUCGUCUCGCGAAGAGUGCGCACGUGCGGCUGCUGUGAUCCGGUGGGUGCUGCAGCAGACAUGGCGGUGCGCAUGUGGCGGUGCUCAGCUGACGCGCGACCUGUUAGUGCUUGGAGUACCGCGCGCGCACGCUACCGCGCUAGCAGACAUCGCCGACGCCAUGCGGCAGUCACACGUCGCUCAAGUUCAAACUAGUGGUUUUAUGUUGAACAAAGUAACAGAUGUCGCCGUUUCGCCGAGUCCUGAGGGUACAGUCGAUACAUUCAAACUGGCAUUGACCAUAGACGAUGUAUUUACAGGAGAGCAAAGAAGGAACGAGCUUCUCAUAGAGAAACUACAAGCAAAGAUGCUGCUAGAAGAGUUGAAAAAAAUUCAUAGGAAUAUGGAGUCUGUGGAGCCUUAACAAGGAAUUUUCUAACUAAUAUUCAUAUUUUAUC